AUGGCCUUCACGGGUGUGGAUCUGUUCAGGCUUCAGAUGCACAACAUCAUCCCUGUCCCAGACAUACUCCCACAGAUGACCCGUUUUCUGAGAGGAAUAAUGUGUGAGUAUGGCCGCCUCUCACUUUUUAAAACACAAGAAAAGAAAAAGGAAGCUUUUGGAACGUACAAGCAUACAGUUCUUUACUUUGCUAUCGAAACGCUAUUGAAUCAAUUGAACACUACGUGGACAUUAGUUUUGACAUUUAAGUUGUGCCUUUUAACACCCUUUCUUCAAUCAACUACCAGUUGUUUGUUGGAUUACUGGAAUCCAUCCUGUCUGAUACUACCUGCCCGCUGCCUGCCUUACUCGGCUUAUCAACCUACUACCUGCUGGCAUCCCAUCUCAUCCAUCAAAAAAGAGAGACGAGCGCCUGAGAUCUCCAGAGAAACGCUCCACGACAGAGAUCUUUUGAACAGCAUAAUAACAACAAAGGAAAACGUCCAAACGGCGCAGAAGAAUGAAUGUGGAGCUGCCACAGUAUCGGCAGCGGCCGCCGUGUCUAUGGUCGCUUUGGCUGACUCUCGUGUGGAUCUCCUUCCAGAAGUUAUAUGUUCAUCACUAGAAGCUUCCAGCAAUCACACUCACACAGAACCCUCGGCUCUCUCUCGGGAAAUGGGGAGUUAUCUGGAAAUCAGCAGCUGGAUUUCCCAUGGAGAAACUAGUGCAUCUGAUCAUGGUGCCGGCGGGUCGAACCCAAACAGCAACACACAACUUCCUCGAACAACACGUGAGGCAGAGCGACAGAACGACCCCGCACUCUCAUUAGACCCAAACAAAUCACUGCCACUCUCACACGACUCAUGCUGAUUCUUUCUACAUCCUGCAAAGUGAAAACCAUUUUAAAUGCUUGAUAUGAUUAAAAAGCAACAGUCCGACUCUCUCGCCUUUCGCUGCUCUUCUCGUACUGUUUCUCUUAUUGUUUUCUAUGAUAAUGUAAUAUUUUAAGUAUAGCUAAACUGAAAUCAGCAAUUGGACUUCAAGAACCAAAAUAUGUAAAAAUGCAUAUCAGUAAUUCCCAGGCAUUUAAUUCCCAUUCUUAGUAAUGAGAGUUUACCUACAGAAGAGUUUAUCUACUGCUGUACUUUCAUAGAUCUCGGCUGUGAUGACGUGGAUUCUCUUUCGCAAACUUUGAUUUUGCUUCUGGAUCAGUUGCAGGUUUGAGUGACGCUGGAUGGAGAGAGCAUUACAAUAGUUCAGUCUGGAUGGAGCAAGAGCUUAAGUCGAAGGUGAUGCUCUUUCAUCCAGCGGGAAAGUUGGAUUCCGUCCAGCUACCGUCGGAUUCUCCGGCUGGAAUGAGAGGUAGAGUUGUGUGUCAUCAGUGUAGCAGUGAUGGGAAAGCCAUUAGUGACAGAUUCUAGGGUUGACAUGUAGAUGGAGAAGAGAAGCGGUCCCAGCACUGAGCCCUGAGGCACUCCAGUAAUUAGAUGAUAGCAGUGAUGGGAAAGCCAUGUUUUUGAAUGACAGAUUCUAGGGAUGACAUGUCGAUGGAGAAGAGCUGAUUUUGAGUCUCAGAGCUUUGCCCACGUUUCAUUGUUUUACUCGGACGUAUGACACAAUAGAGGAGAGGAGACCAGCGCAACUUCCCUUUCAUGUCAACUUCAAAGUAAAACCUUAAAAGUAUUAAUGUCUUAUAUUUGAAUGCGCUGACUGUACUGUUUCACCUAAAUCAGGGAGAACGAUAAGCAUGUUAGUGCAGUGAAGCGCCGCAUGUAAACUCUGCAUUGCUCCAGUUUCGUGGCCUGUGAGUGACUCCGGCAGCGAUACACUGAGUUAAAGCACUGCAGUGAUGUUUAUUUAUCACUGAUAGACACAAACGUGUGUCCUUCAGAGCGCAGAGAGACCGAGAUCAGCUGUUUAACAUGCGGCUUCAAACCAUGAACACAUGCGGCCUCAGAUCUGCUCAGCAGGGACCAAACGCAACGGGACGACGAGAGCCAAACACAAACAUGAUCUCCAGCAGCGCCGAACCUCACAACAACAGCUCUCGCUCGCCCCCUUCUCUCAUCCCUGAGGCUCUCGCUCUUUUAUC